AUGAGAGUACUUGUACUCCUGACUGUCACCCUGGUUGUGGCCUGCACCUGCGUUUUCUUCCCUUUCGUCCUGAGAGGCAAAGAACUCCUCUGGGGAAAGACGAGGGAAUCUCACAUUGACAACAUCUUGGAAGAGAGCAGGCGCAUGGUGGACACUGCCAUCUAUAACACAAUGGAAAGAAACCUCAAAAAAAGGGACACCAUUUCCCCAGCUCAGCUUCUGUCUUUUUCUAAACUUCCUGAGCCAACUAGUGGAGCUAUUUCCAGAGCAGCAGAGAUCAUGGAAACUUCACUACAAGUGAUGAAAAGAAAUGUUCACCUGGAGCUUAAACAGUCCCAGCAUCCAACUGAUGGUUUAUCAGAAGAUCUCCUGAAAGUAAUUGCAAAUAUGUCCGGAUGCCUGCCUUACAUGCAACCACCAAAAUGUCCAAACACUUGCCUGGCAAACAAAUACAGACUUAUUACAGGAGCUUGCAACAACAGAGACCAUCCCAGAUGGGGAGCUUCCAACACAGCCCUGGCACGAUGGCUGCCACCCAUCUACGAAGACGGCUUCAGUCAGCCCAGAGGCUGGAAUCCCGACUUCUUAUACAAUGGGUUCCCACUGCCCCCGGUACGGGAGGUGACAAGACAAGUUAUUCAAGUUUCAAAUGAGGCUGUUACAGAAGAUGACCAGUAUUCUGAUCUCCUGAUGGUGUGGGGACAAUAUAUUGACCACGACAUUGCAUUCACACCUCAGAGCACCAGCAAAGCUGCGUUUUCAGGAGGAGUUGAUUGCCAGAUGACUUGUGAGAACCAAAACCCAUGUUUUCCCAUACAGCUCCCAGCGAAGGCCGCGUGGGAGGCAGACGCCGCCUGUUUGCCGUUUUACCGCUCACCUGCGGCCUGCGGCACCGGGGACCAGAGCGCGAACUCCGGCAACCUGUCCAAGGCAACGCCGCGACAGCAGAUGAACGGGCUGACCUCCUUCCUCGACGCGUCCACCGUGUAUGGCAGCAGCCCCGCCUCGGAGAAGCAGCUGCGCAACUGGACCAGCACCGAGGGGCUCCUGCUCGUCAACGCGCGGCACCGGGACGCCGGCCGCGCCUACCUGCCCUUCGCGCCGCCGCCCGCGCCCGCGGCCUGCGCGCCCGAGCCUGGGGCCCACGGGGCCGCCCGCAGCCCCUGCUUUCUGGCCGGGGACGGCCGCGCCAGCGAGGUCCCCUCCCUGGCCGCGGUGCACACGCUGUGGCUGCGCGAGCACAACCGAUUGGCCGCGGCGCUCAAGGCCCUCAAUGCGCACUGGAGUGCGGACACAGCGUACCAGGAGGCGCGCAAAGUCGUGGGCGCCCUGCACCAGAUCAUUACCAUGCGAGAUUAUGUCCCCAAGAUCCUGGGCCCCAAAGCCUUCGGGCAAUACGUGGGUUCCUAUGAAGGCUACGACUCCACCGCCAACCCCACUGUGUCCAACGUGUUCUCCACAGCCGCCUUCCGCUUUGGCCACGCCACAGUCCACCCACUGGUACGACGGUUGGAUGCCCACUUCCAGGAGCACCCAGACCUGCCCAGGCUGUGGCUGCACGAGGCCUUCUUCAGACCAUGGAGACUCAUCCAGGGAGGUGGUGUGGACCCACUGGUGAGAGGUCUUCUUGCAACACCAGCCAAGCUGCAAGUGCAGGAUCAGCUGAUGAACGAAGAGCUGACGGAGAGGCUCUUUGUGUUGUCAAAUUCCGGGACCUUGGACCUGGCAUCCAUCAACCUGCAAAGGGGCCGAGACCACGGUCUACCAGGUUAUAAUGAGUGGAGAGAGUUCUGCGGCUUGCCUCGACUGGAGACACCAGCCGACCUGAGCACGGCUGUCGCCGACAGGACUGUGGUGGACAGGAUAGUGGACUUGUACAAGCACCCCGACAACAUCGACGUCUGGCUGGGCGGCCUCGCUGAGGACUUCCUCCCUGGGGCCCGAACGGGUCCCCUGUUUGCCUGUAUCAUUGGGAAACAGAUGAAGGCCCUGAGGGACGGUGACCGGUUCUGGUGGGAAAACAGACCCGUCUUCACGGAUGCGCAGAGGCAUGAGCUGAAAAGGCACUCUCUAUCUCGGGUCAUCUGUGACAACACGGGCCUCACCCAGGUGCCCGUCGACGCUUUCCAAGUAGGAAGAUUCCCCCAAGAUUUUGAGUCCUGUGAAGGCAUCCCUGGCAUGGACCUGGAAGCGUGGAGGGAGACCUUUGUUCAAGAUGACAAGUGUGGCUUUCCAGAGAAAGUGGAGAAUGGGGACUUUGUGCACUGUGAAGAAUCUGGAAGACGUGUGCUGGUAUAUUUCUGCCGUCAUGGAUAUGAACUUCAAGGUCAAGAACAAAUCACUUGCACCCAGGAAGGAUGGGAUUUCCAACCCCCCACUUGCAAAGACUCUGGCAGGCUCCCAAGGGCAUCGUGGGUGUCCAUCGCGCUGGGAGCCCUGGUAGUCAUCGGCCUGGGGGCUCUCACCUGGACAGUGAUUUGCAGGUGGUAA